AUGUGGUCAAGAAAGAGCCAGUGGGUGAGUCCAGUGCAAGUAGUUCCGAAGAAGACAGGAUUCACAGUGGUAGCCAAUGAGAGGAAUGAGCUAGUGCCCAUGCAAGUGCAGAACAGCUGGAGAGUCUGCAUUGACUAUAGGAGGCUCAACCAAGCUACCAGGAAGGAUCAUUUCCCACUCUCAUUCAUUGAUCAGAUGCUAGAGAGGUUAGCUGGAAAGUCCCAUUACUGCUUCCUUGAUGGUUUCUCUGUUGGUGCCGUCCUUUCACAACGAGUGGAGAAGAAGUCCUACGUCAUUGCUUAUGCCUCGCGCACUCUGGACAACACCCAAGCAAACUACACCACUACUGAAAAGGAGCUUCUUACCAUUGUGCUUCCUUCCUCUUCAGAUGCCACUACCAUGGACUGUCAGCCUAUCAGAGAUGACUUCCCAGAUGAGUUACUCUAUCACUUGCAUGGUACUGAGCCCUGUUGA